ACAAAAGGCAAUAAAAAAACGUUCAUUGUGCGUGUAAAAACAACUACUCAUGAAAAAUCAAUGUGCAAGAUGCAUGAAACUAGUCAACUCUCAAACAAACUUUCCUGCCCGAACUCCAUGGAAACCCGUUUAAAUCACCCUUUAAUAAAUCCAUACCUUUUCCUGCUGUUACUGCAACGUCCCGCUUUCACUGUCGCAUCGUCAAAUUGACAAAACCCCUAAAAUCGCUGAAACAAUGAAUUCGUAAAAAGUAGGUAGUGAGUGAGAAAAAUGGACAAAUACGGACGGCGCAUUGUUCCCGUUCCUCCAUGGAUCCCGGUAGCGGAUCAGGACAUACAAAGUCCCCUGGACAUAGCGAGUAUUACGAAUAGUGUCGAAUAUCCAGCGUUGUUUGCCAAAAAAUCCUGGACGCAGGGAGUCCCAGAAAAAGACACGCAAGUCUACUGGCGACCGUCUGAAACCAUAGGAUCAGCGUUUACUCCGCAAGCUCAAAAUCUUCGCAUUCAAGAUCUGCCGACGAAGAAGAGAAAAGAUCGGCCCAGCCCUUUAGGAGCCGAUGGAAAACUGCAAUACCCGCCGAAAAAAUCGCGCAAAGAGCUCGAAGAAGACGAGAGGAAGCAGCAGUUGGUGCAGCAGAAGAAGGAGGUUCUAGUGCCGGGCAUUAUAGAUGUUGAAUACUUGCUGUCGGGCCAAUGGCAUCGCGACCAGAAAGCCAAAAUGGAAAAACGGGAAAAGGAAAAGGCCAUGAGGAGAAAACUUAACUUGCUCAAAUGGGAAGGAUUUCCAGACGAAUCAGGGUAG